AUGUCUGCCAAUGACCGCGCCGCGUACAUGAGUGUUCCACGACCCCGCGCCGUCUCCAAUCGCGUCGAUUCCGAAACUCGCGGACCAUCGCCGCUCCAUGUUGAAAACAAGGAGCCUUUGCGCCACAGCACGUCGAGCCAAAAUUACAGAACAUCCCGGGACCAGAAGAGCAUGUCUGAGAAGCGAUCAGAACGGACGGUGAUCACAACGCGGGAAAAAGCAGCGCGAAGGAACCCUAUCAACCCUGUCAAGGAGUCCGUCAGCGCGGCCAAUAGAGGCGAUUGGGACAAAUCUCGGCCUCAAAGAGCCGCUCAAGUCGAUGCCUCAAGUUCAAAUACACGAAGUAGGGAGAAGGAGUCGGCGGUUGCACCAUGGAAUCCUCAGGCGUCAUUGAUUCCUCACUCUACAGCUCCACUUGCAUGUCGCGUAUCAGUCCCCCCUCUAGCCUCGACAGCUCCGCAGUCCCUCCAUCCUCGGCCGCUUCGAGAGCUCUCACCCGAUGCCCAGGAAGCAGCGAUCUUGGAGGAUUUGUUGUUCGUAUUCAUGGGAUUCGAAGGCCAAUAUGUUCACUAUGCUAGUUCGUACGAUCCAUCAAUCGAAAAGGACCGCCUCACGGGACCAGCCUUCCAGAUUGCCCCGGGCCUGGACCCGACUUUGCGUGAUCUCACCCAGUCCAUGCUGAAGAUGGCGACACAUUACAGUGCUAUGGAAGCCUUUGUGGAGAUCCAAAGCCGCGCUGAAUGUGGCGCUGUCAGUCAUUCGCUAUGCGCAUCGAUUCGAAAGCUCCUCAAAGACUACCUGAUCCUUAUCGCUCAGCUGGAAGCCCAGCUGCUGAACAAUCCUACAUUCACCUUGCACCUUCUUCACCUCCACACGAUGCCCACAAGUCAAUGCUUGGCUCAGUUAUAUUCUAUGGGCCAGGAAUUGUUGCUCAAGAAUGGUCUUCUUGACGAGGAACUCGAAGAGUCAAUUGACGACUUUGAUGAGGAUGUUGACAACAUCCUCGAACAACUCAAAGAAGGAGGAGACUUGGUACCCGGUGCUCUGUCGCGCAAGAAAAUGUGCAAGGGAGGCAAUAUUCUUGGACUCUUAACAGGACGUUUAGCUUCAUUCUCAGGAGAUCCGACUACUAAGACCCUACUUCAGUCCUUGCUACGUGAUGCCAGUCGGCCGUACAUGGCUAUGUUGAACGAAUGGUUACAUCAUGGCGGUAUCAGGGAUCCUCACGCGGAGUUCCUGGUGAAAGAACAAAAAUGGAUUAAACGCGAGAAGCUCGAGGAGGACUACACCGAUGAAUAUUGGGAGAAGCGUUACACGAUUCGCGAAAACGAGGUUCCGCCCCAGCUGAAGAGCGUUCAAGACAAAGUUCUCCUUGCUGGGAAGUAUCUCAACGUGGUGCGUGAGUGUGGUGGUGUCGACGUGAGCAAAGAGGUCAAAGAUGUCCCUCAAACGCUUGACGAUCCGCGCUUCCUGGACAAUGUAAAUUCCGCUUACACCUACGCCAAUGCUUCGUUGUUGAAUCUCCUUGUCACAAAGAAUAACCUUACGACCCGCUUCCGCUCCCUUAAACAUUACUUCUUUCUGGACCGCUCCGAUUUCUUCUCCUAUUUCCUCGAGCUUGGUGCGUCGGAACUGCGAAAACCAGCCCGUGCCGUCAACGAGGGCAAACUCCAAUCACUCCUGGAUAUUGUUCUUCGACAACCGGGGAGUGUUGCCGCCUUGGACCCGUUUAAGGAAGACGUGAAGGUGCGGAUGAACAAGAUCGGCCUCACUAAAUGGUUGAUGCAAGUUGUAAAUGUCUCCGGAGUGAACCAAGAGGGCGCAGAAGCAGAGAAGCAACAAGCCUCCGCUUCCCAUUCGACCGAUGAGGACAAAGACAUUCUGGGAUUCGAUGCGCUCGAACUUGACUAUUCGGUCCCGUUCCCUCUAUCUCUGGUGAUCAGCCGCAAGACCGUUCUGCGGUACCAACUUAUCUUCCGUCAUCUUCUAUCCCUGCGCCAUCUUGAGACACUGCUGGUCACGUCCUGGGCAGAUCAGAAUAAAAACCUCAGCUGGCGGCAUAAGUCAUCUGACCGCCGCCUGGAGAUAUGGAAACGCCGGGCGUGGAAUCUGCGUGCGAAGAUGCUGGUGUUCGUUCAACAACUUCUAUACUUUUGCACAGCGGAAGUCAUCGAACCGAAUUGGGUGGGUCUGAUGGAUCGUGUUAAUAGCGUUAAUGCGGAUGCCUCGGAGGUUGAGGAAAACGAUAUGAAGCAGGUCAACCGGACGGUUGAUGAGCUGAUGCAGGAUCAUGUGGAUUUCUUGGACACAUGUCUCAAAGAGUGUAUGCUGACACAAGCUAAACUGUUGAAGAUUCAUUCGAAAUUGAUGACUUGCUGCACAAUGUUCGCCUCUUGGACUGCGGCAUCGCUUUCAAGAGCGUUGGUCUCAGCCGAUCCCGACCUGGCUGGUGGUAAAAUACCCGGUGCCGAGGCUAGAGGAUACGACCCAACCCGCAUUGCGAAGCUUGAAGACACAUUGAAACGAUAUGAGGACCAUUUCUCUCGCCACCUUCGGAUCUUGAUGGAUAGCUUAAACUACUUCGCCGCAACCGAGAGCGUUGUUCUUCUGAAGCUUGCACACUCGUUGACUUCCAUCAGCCGAGAGGAGAGCAAGGAGGAUUGA